UUGCCAAAGCACAUCGGUGAUGCGAAGUCUGGUAGGUGACUGCUCUCGACAGCAGCACAGAUCUUUUUAACACGGACCUGCAUGCCGGUUGGACCAGCGCUGGGACCAGCGCACUUGGCUGUGUGUUGGGCUUAUUGGAUUUGGCUAGUGCCUUUGACUUGAGCCGUUAAGCUUGUGCAUAUAUUUAAUUCUUUCACAAUGUUUUUAAAACAUGCGGCACCUGUUUGCGAAUGUUGCAGAAAACGGGUAGAGGACUGCUUGCCUUGCUGUUGCUAGUGUUGGAGUGGACCCGGCCAGGCCUACCGUCCCCGCUGAGGCCGAUCUGUGACCUGAGAGUCCUGAACCAUUUCAUUAAGGAAGCACGAGACGCCGAAGUCGCUAUGAAAUCAUGUAGAGAAGGAUGUAGCCUGUCAGAGUCUGUCACUGUUCCCCAAACCAGAGUCGAAUUUGAUGUCUGGGAGAAGAAAAACGCGUUGGAGCAAGCCCAGGAGGUGCAGUCUGGCUUAUGGCUCUUACAGCAGGCCCUCGGCGUGCUACGGACCUCAGUCACCAACACAGCACUGCACAGCCACAUAGAUAACUCCAUCAGAAACCUGCUCAGCAUCAAUGCUGUGCUGCGUAGCCUCAACAUCCAGGAAUAUACCCCACCGGCAAACGCAGCUGGGCUUGAGGGAACAUGGAGGGUGUCGUCGGCGACAGAUUUGCUUCAAGUCCAUGUCAACUUCCUGCGAGGCAAAGUGCGCCUCCUUCUUUUGGAUGCACAGGCUUGUCAGCAAGAUGUCAGCUGAUCUCCCGACUCCAGGGCGAAGCUUGUGUUUCCGAAGGCAAGAGGAGGGACUUGACACUGCUGACCUGCACGCUGGCUGCUGGAAGCGGUGUGGAGAGAGAGAAAGAUACAGCCGUCCUCACAUAAGGGGAGGAAGCUGAAAGGAAAGGACAGUCCCAGCGAGGCUUUGGAUGGACAGGAGAUGAUUGCACCUUGGAAUGUAGAUGUGAAACAUAGUGAAGCACACAACUGACCAAAAUGAGAUCUUUGGGAAGCUCUGCUCCAAUAGCUGUUCUACUGGCACUCUCUUGCACUUUGUGUGUGGAUGUACUUUUGCGUGUGUGAGUUAAGACUGCAAGUUUAAAUCUGUACGUAGUGUGUAUGUGUUGUUUGCUGUUUCCAGUGAGUUUGACCCUGACACUCAUCUCUUUAGAAUGAACUGUGGAGUAAAACACCCAGAAAAUAUGACUGCACCUGGAAAUUGGGGGACAGAGCAUCCAGUUCCAAUACCACUGCAAAAAGGCAGAAAUGAAUGAGGCCUCACCCCACAAGCCUUUAACAUUUUCAGCUGUGCCUCACUGAAACAUUAGUCUCUUCUCUAGGAUUUUUUCAAAUUAAUAUUUUAAUAUAUUUUUAAAAGUUGUGUGAUUACUAUUUAUACAGAUGAGAUUUUCUACUUUUAAGCUCCACUCUUUGUAUUUUGUAGUGUUGAACUUUAAGAUUUUGGUUGGGCUCUCUUUGCCAUGCUCUCAUGUAACACUGAAGAAAUUUGCAAUGGCACGCUGCUGUCUGCCUUUUUUAUAAAGACUUUAUGUACCCGACUAGGGGUUAGUUUCACAUCGCAUGUUCCUUUCAAAUGACAGAAUUAAGGACUACAAAGUUGAUCCAGAGGUUUAGUUACAGUGAACAAGAGUUCGGUGAGGAGGGCAGAGGGUCACACGUGAAGCUGUUUUGUUACCAUCUGUAUUUUUGUUGCUGCCUAACACUCACUCAGUCUUCACACGCUGAUAGCCAGACUGUCUGGGAAAAUGCUGUUUGGCUUUUACAAUUAACAUCCUUUGAGGCUUUAAUUGCAAAAGCUUUUCCAGAGUCUGACGCUAACACUGUCUCUUCCCCUCACUAUUGUUCGUCAUCAGCAGUAGACAGGCAAUCAGUUAGUCCUGGGAACUUCAGGCUUUCUGUAAAAUGGAUGCUCAACUAUUUCAGGCUAGUUAAGUGUUCUUCCUUGUUUUUUCCCGUAUUUUUCAAUCUUGUUGUGCAAGUGCAAGAUGUUUUUAAGGAUGUUUGUACAUGUUUUCUUUCCUGUUAUUUUUUUGUUUUUUUGUCCAGUCACUGUAUAAUUUGCUAUUUAAAUACAAAAUAUUAUUCUCGGAUAAAGAAAGGAUAGACUGAAACACAACAAGGGGAAGUCUGUCCAUUUCAUUCAUUA